AUGCACACCCUUUUUGACAGCGAUGAUGAGGUGCAGGGGGCGGUGCCGACAAAUCCGGAACGGCGGGAGCGGGGAGGCGGAUGGCAGCCACCCCCGAGCCCUUGGGGCACAGACCCACUGGGCGCGAAGAAAAAUCUGCGGGGCAGGGAUGGGGUAGCGAAUGAGGGUGAAAAGGUGCAGACAGGGGCCUCUCAGCCGAGGCAAAAGCAGGCGCAUGCAAGUCUUCCAACAACAUCUGUGUUCUCGGUGGAAACGCACCCCGUCACGGCGCCGUUUUAUAAUCCAACAUCUGUGGUGGAUGCCGUGCCACAGCCACCGCAACAGGCGGAGACCGUGACGCAGCAAUUACCUCUGCAGCCACCAUGUUUACCGCCCACAUCUCAAGUUGUUGUGGAUGCAGGAGGGAGAUUGCCUGAGAUGCCUGAGAUAAGUUUUUCUUUAUCACCGCUGCGCGUGAGAUCCCCGGGCAACCCUCCAGAGGUGAAAUAUAUGCCCUGUCCAAAGUGCGGGAGUAAGAAGGACCACUUAAAAACAAGCGAUGAUACUGUAGUCUGGGAUGCAUUCCUGGAGUUGAGGAGGAAAACCGAAGAGUCCGUCUCUCGCAUGUCAUCCUUUUACGAUCAGGUGGUGAAGCUUCAACUCACACACGAGCAGGAGGCGGCGUCGUAUCGCGAUGCCUCCGAGACUAUGAUUAACCAACAGCGUAAAGCUUUGGAUGCGCUUUCAUUCGAAUAUAAAGACCUCCAAUCUACCAACGAAAAUGUUAAAGGUCUGCUUGCAAAAAAGUCUCAACAGCUCAUAGAAUUUGAGAAUGCGAAUUACAGUCUUAGCAUGCGGCUUCGAGAGGCUGAGCAGCGAGUUGCGCAUGUGAACGACCGCGCGACGGUAGCGGAGACAGGUCGAAUGAUGGCAGAAAUACGUAUCAAGGAGCUUGAAGCCUCUUUGGAGCAUGCCACAGAGAUGGUGAGGGAUCUUCGACGGCGGAUAAGUGAGUCCAAUCGGGAACAGGAAUGCGCCUUGCAGGAGCAAUAUACAGUCUUUGAGGAAAAUCGAAGGGAUAUCAUCCACUACUAUGACGAGCGUGAGAAGGACAUAUUGCGGGGGUUCAAAGAAGCAGUAACGAAUAUUCAGCAGGUGAUGAUCAAAAAAAUGAAGGAGCGUGAGGAACAGCUGUCAAAAUUCUGGCAGGGCGUAAUGGAAUUUGAGCACCAGCAACAGAAUGAAGUUCUGAAACAGAUGAAAUUAUUGAAGGAAAAGGAGGAAAAAGAUAACCAGGAAAAUGUUUUACGCAUCGAACAGGACAAGGAACGAUGGUUUGAUCAAUGUCGAAAUGAGAUGAAUCUGUUGGAGCAGCGGCACAAUGAGCGGGAGCAGCAUCUUUUGAUGGAUAUUGCUCGGAGAGAAAGAGAACUUGGAGAACGCGAGCAGAGGAUGCGUCUGCAGCAUGCGCAAGAAGAACAAGAAGCAAAAGUAGCGUUGGCAUCAAAAGAGGUAGAACUUAAGACCUAUUAUCAGAAACUUACGGAAGACAUGCGUGUUUCCUUUGAUAGGGAGCGGGAGAAGUUAACUGCUUCGUUUCGUGAACAGAUUCAGGAACUGUCGCAUCUGCACAUGAAUAAUGAGAGAGAACUGGAGCGGAUGCAUCGGGACAAGGAGCGAGAGAUGGCGCAACGCUAUCGCAUAGCGGGAUACGAGAUGGACGACCGCAAGGGAGAAGUAAAUCUCCGCGGGGCAUCUCUUCAAGCGCAAUCGGCGCUCUUUUCAAAGUUUGAUGCAAUUGAAGCGCGUCAGCGUGAACGUGCCGAGAAGGCGCGAGCUGCUUUUCAAGCCUCCGCUCCUACGAAUGCUUCACAUUCAACUUAUGAGAAGGAUAAGGAGUGA